AUGGACGGCAAUCGCUUCGAGGGAUGGUUCGGCGACGUGCUGCAGAAGUUGCCAGCUGGUAGUGUCAUUGUUUUGGACAAUGCACCUUACCACUCCCGGCGAGAAGAGAAAUUGCCGACGACGUCCUGGAAGAAGGAAAACAUACAAGAGUGGCUGAAUAGCAAGGACAUCGCCUACAGCGCGACGCUCCCGCCGUACCACUGCGAAUUCAAUCCCAUUGAGCUCGUGUGGGCAAAGGUGAAAAAUGGUAUCGCUGCGGACAACCGAGACUUUAAGCUGUGCACUGUUGAAGACAUCUUGAGGGAAAAAAUCAAGAACGUAACGGCGGAAGACUGGAGGAAGAACAUCCGGCAUGUGAUGGAACUGGAGGCUAAGUUCCGAGUGGACACGUCUGGAAGUGAUCAUGUCCAGCCCAUCGUCAUCCAACUGGGGGAAGAUGACACUGAAGAAAGCGACUCUGACUGCGAGCUGUCCGGCAUUGAGCCCCUCGAGGAAGCUUAA